AUGGAAGCCAUAUGUUUGACGACGAGUUUGAUGGCAUUUCUCUUGAUCAGUUCUGGUACCAAUGUUUGCCAUGCACAAUUUCUUCCGACCGCUUCCAACAAUGCUCAUCUCCUUCUCCAAGUCCAGAACUACCUGCUCCAGCUGCAGUCCACUGCUGUCGAAAACAAGCAGCUUCUGAUGACCGUCAAGGACAAAAUAAAUGACCUUAAGACCACCGACGAGUACCUGAGACAGAACCUGACCCAGCACUGGCAAACCAUCAAUCUUCAGACCCAAAAGCAGCAAGAAGAGCUCGAUGAUGUCAAUCAAAAGACGGUAAAUCUAACAGACAUUUUGAAAGAUCUGGAGACGGCCAUAUCUGAAUUGCAGAAUGGAACAAUCAAGCAACGAAUCAUUUCACAAACAAUCGAAAAAGAGCUGACAUUCUUGUCCGAGAAUUUGACCAGUUUUCAAACAGUUCUCGAUGGACAGGUUCAACAAAAUAAUCGACAGGAAGCGCAGAUGAAAAUCAUGGAACUUGCUCUUCAGCAUCAGCUGUCUUUAAUUACAAAACUGGAAGAAAAGGGUUCCAUUUUGACAUCUACUGUUAAUAACUUGACUGACGCUGGCGUGUUUGGAUUUAGUAGGUAUGGGACGUCAUUAUAUCGGCUGGUCAACGUGGCCGCAACGUGGGCUGAAGCAGAGAACUACUGUCAGUUACUACACCCCGAGGCCCACCUUGCCACUGUGGAGAGCGAGGACGAAAAUGAAUUUGUGUUCGCUCUCACCAAGAAAGAUAAAUUGAAUACGUGGCUGGGUGGUCAUGAUAAGGUCACUGAAGGUCAAUGGAAAUGGUGGAAUGGCAAGUCUUUCACAUACACUAACUGGGCACCCAAACAGCCUGAUAACUAUAAAACAGGGGAGGACUGUUUAAACAUAUGGAAAACCGGCCAGUGGGACGAUAACCCAAGCGACCUUAAGCGUCCCUUUGUUUGUGAGAUAGAUUCUAUGUAG